AUGGAUAUGCAUUCUACUGCAGGUCUCUGCCAGCAUCCUUUUGUUUUGGUUGGCACUCAGUGUGUUCACAUAAUUCCUGCCAAAUACACCUGGCAUGACGCUCGUAACCAGUGUGGACUGGUCGGUGGGGAUUUGUUUGUUGUAGACGACUGCGAUCAGUACCACAAGGUUGCCCUCUACCUCGAUGAACAAGAUUACCUUUACUAUUGGAUCGGGGGCUCAGAUGAGGCCGUGGAAGGGCAAUGGCGCUGGGUUGACGGUUCGCCGAUGGACAUGGGACUGCCUUACUGGGAAAAUACGUUUGUUCUGGAGCAAGAACCCGACAAUCCUGGACAGCAGAACUGCCUGGAGCUGAACUGCGCGUGGAUGUACCGCUUCAGCAGCGCGUGGUGCAGUGAUGCAAGACGGGUGAUCUGUGAGGCAGACCCCAUCUAG